ACUACAACAAGUGGCAGAAGUUUGCUCGAUAUUAUUAUUUUCCAAAAAUUAUGUGAAAAAUCAGAAUUUAUUAAGAAGGAAUACAGAAUAGAAAAUAAUGUCGAUAGUACUUUCGUGCUAGAUAGAAGAGUAAAAGAACCUGCCGUUGCUAAUAAUAAAAAAGAAAUAAGC